AUGGAGAGCCGCAGGGCAAAGAGACGUGAAAUUGGCUCUCGUAGAGUGAAGGAUUUUUGCUACACGGUAGUCAAGGAGCAUCAUCGUUAUGGAUGGUUACGGCAGGAGCGACUGUUGGUGAUCACACUCACACACAUAAAUAAUUGCAAACCCCCGCAACGGAAGGGAGCACCGCCGCUGGCCACGAAAAGUUUCCCUCUGACGUCCAUCACGGCGAUUGGAAUCAAGGGAACAAAUUAUUUUUACAUACAUGUUUCCGGUGAUCACACGUAUUAUUAUUAUACACCGAAAGCCAUUGAGAUUGCCCUGAAAAUUCAAAAUUAUGUUGCGUCUGCAAAUGCUAUAGAUAUUCUGUUGGAUGCGGAAGAUGUGCGCAGAAGUAUUCUUAUGGAGAAGCUCAUUAAAGGAUCUAUUCAAUUACCCGGAACCCGUAAAGGCCAAGAAGAUAGUCCGUACCCGUGGUCCAAUCCAAGAAUGUUGGGGUUGCGUUGCGGCAUCAACAGAGCGUUGCUGAAAGGAUGGGUUAGCGGGAGCGAAGAGCUGCUGGAGUUGGCGCAUCUCUGGAAAGGAAAAGGCGAGGAAGACGUGAUGGAUCUAAAUAAAUUACGUCAUGCUCUGAACGCAAUUAAAGAUAAGUGUCUUAAAGAUUUGCUGCAGCGGCGCGCGAAGCCUCCCAAGGAGUCGUUUUGCUCGGCUGUCGCAGUGUGUGUUGAGGAUGUUCUGCAGAGAAGUGUCAUUCAGCCUAAUUUUGACAAAAUUAUUUCGUUCCUUCGAGAAGAUAGGACGCUCUUGAGGAAAGAAGUGUUGUUUAACCGGCAGCGUGAGCGUCUACGCGGCAGGUCAGCGGAGGUAUUUAAUGUGCCAAAGGAUCUGCGUUCCAUUGACUACAAACUCGUGCGGCGUCACUUUGACGUCUUGACAAAUCUACGAAGUCCCAAUGACCUCAUUGACCAGGUGGUCAAUAUUGCCGCAUGCAUCUUCCUGACAGUCUAUGUGGCAGCAAGAUAUUCUCGUAAGACUGCUGCCGCGGUGGCAAUCAACUCCGUUACGCGUGGUGCUUGCGGCAACGCCGUCAUGAACCGCCAUACUGCGGCUUUGCCACGAAGGAGCAUGCCGGCGGAGGCAAAAGCUGUUCGGCCCCUGACGCUACACGGGAACAAGAAGGUUAUUUUGAAGCGUGGGGAAAGGGAGGAGAAAAAGGAAAGUGACGUGCUGAGAAGUAUUGACUCGUGCUUUAAUUCAAUGGAAUUAUUUGCCGUAUCGCAGAAGGUCCCGGCAUCUUCCUUCUCUGAUGACCUUGUGGUGAGUGGGAAAAAUUCGUUGGAUCGUGUAUCCAUGGACUCCGCAUCCCAACUUUGUUGCCAUGGCCGCGGAGAGUCCCGAAAAAUGUCGUUCUCACUCAGUCUAAAUAAAAUUAUUGACGACAUUGAGGAGGAGGAGGAGGAGGAGGAGCUCAACGUCCCAGAACUCCAAUUGAAUGCUGCCCUCAUAGCACGACUCGAUAAAGGGGGACUCACCGCUGACGAAAUAUUUCCACUCUUUAUACAUCUGUUGUGUGAGACAGAUGUCCCCGAGCUUUGCAUAAUUGAACGUUUUAUCGACCUAAUGCGCGACCCAGAUGACACCUCGGAACGUGCGUAUUACUUCACCACGCUCGCGGCAGCCAUAAAGACGGUGUGCGAGUGGAAUUGUGAAGAUGUGCCAUCGAUGUCAAAUAAGGCUCGAAGAUAA